AUCACACAGAGCUCCUGGGUCCUGGAAUGAAGACCACAGUGAGCUUUUCAGCAAUGCAGCAACCCGGGGAACUGAAUGCCAGUCAGAAAACAGAGCAUCAUCCAAUUGCAUGCCUGCCUUUGAUCUUGGACAGAGAAACUCAGAACCUCUCCCUCCAAUCCAGAAGCAAAUAAAUACUAAGAAGAAGAGACAUCCCUCGAUUCAGUGCACAGACAGUUCGAGACAUAAAAACCAAGGCGACUGUCAUUAUAAGAGCACAAAUGAACCUGUUUGGAUUGCAGACUGCAGCAAAUACCUGUCUCCCCCUAGGAGUUUGCCACUUCUUCCAGCAUCAUCAGACAACGCAGAGAGCCCUGGCUUACACAGGCCACUGUCUUUCUCUCAAGACAAAGCCAGUCAUUCUUUAAGCACACCUGCAGCAGAGCAACACGGAGAACUGGAGGGGACUAAACACUCCACUCAGCCUGAAAGCCAGCCAAUAUAUGCACAUUCUCGCAAGAAAGAAAAGCACAUAUCUCAUGGUUGUGCUACAGAGGAUUGGAGACAGCAUGAUGCAGUGACCACAGCAGCUCUGAAUGUGGUGUUUCCUCCAUCGACCUACUCCACACAUGGCCUCUCCAGACCAGCUACACCUAACGAAGGGCACCAAGACAGAUAUUACAGGCUUAUUGAAGAAUCCAUCGACCCUUGUAUGGUGUCUCCACUUAGUGCAGAAUGGCUUCAGGGAAUCUAUUCAUACAUACCAGCAGAACUUUGCAAGGUGUGGAGCAAAUCCCUUCAGGAUUUAACAAAGGAGGCAGAAGAAAACUUUAUCUAUGCUAUUAAGAAGUCCAUUGUAGACUAUAUAUUACUAGAUCUGAUGGAGCAACAGAGGCUUGAAAUUAAAAUAUCCCCAAAGAUGUCUAACAGCGCUGGACGGCACCAGUUUCCAUGGCAUGAAAGUGUUAAAGCAGCAAAUGUCAAACUGAAGAACAACUUGUACAUCACACAUCCAGUCAUGUCUAAAGUGUUACUUCACUUCUAUACAAAGUAUGCAAACUUUAGACUACUUGAUAUUGACAGCCUUAUGCAUAUUGUGCCUACGAAGAUAAACGAGUUCAUAAAUCGCAUAAGAAGCGAUGCCAGAAAGAAAUCUGAAGAACUCCAAAAGACAUGGCUUAGAGACUGCUGUGACAUUGUGACUCAAUACAGAGAGAACAUAGAAUCUGAGAUGCCACAUGAUGAGAAGUUACGGAGGAAAAAGAUGGAUCACUUAUUUUGCUGUUUGGCGACACUAAUGUCCAAUCUUCAGCGAAGUAUAGUAGAAGUGUCUCUUGCUGAUCUUGUGAAAAUGGUUGAAAUGUAUGGUAAAGGGAAUCAUUAUGAAGGAAAUUACCCACCAGAGGAUGUUUGGCUCCCAGAAAACCCUCAUCUUAUUUUACUAUUUUUGAAACCAUUUUUAAAAGAAUCGGUUGUCAGCUUUAAUCCAUCCGUUGAAGAAAUUGUCUGUGGCUUUGACAACACAGUGGAUAGUUUGGUUAUCAGUGUCCAGCAGAUGGCAAGAAUUGAGACUUUUCUUUUCCAGGCUGUAGAUAAUCUGAAAAUCAAAUACAUCAGUUCAAUACAAAUCCAUGAAGAGAUUGUCCUGUCAUCCAAGGCAAGAAUAAGAGCUGUGAUUGAAAAUAACAUGCAUGGUCCAAACAGAUAUGCCAAGGUGUACAAACCUUUUCUACAAAUGCUCUCUCUUCAAACUGAAAAGCGUCUUCAAACACUUGCUCAAAAAGACAUCAGUCUUAAAGUCUAUGCCAGAGAACUUGACAGAAUGAAAGAACUGGCAUCAGAUGUUGCUUUGUUGCCAGUAUUUGUGCCCAUGAAGAUGAUGCUGAUGGAUUGCUCUGAAAUUAACCAGCAAAUGAUUGAUCGUACCCACCAGCUGACUAAUAUAAUAAUUAAUAAAGUUGCUUCCAUGUCAAUGAUGUUUAAUCGAAACAUUUGCUGGCAGUAUGAUGGCAUUGUCACAAAAAUAUCUGCCAUGGCUGCAUCAACAUCUGCUCUUGUGGAGCUACAAAACUACAUUGACAGACUAAGAAGCAAGGAGCUACCGGAGAUUCAGGAAAAACUGUCAGUGGCAGGGGAAAAUCUGCUUUUCCUAAUGGACUAUGCAUCCCUAUCAAAAGAGGACAUUAUUCUUAACGGAAACACGUUUUCCUGGCCUCAGAGAAUCAUUCCUAUCAUUAACAGCAGUGAGACACGACUGCAGAGGGAGCAUGAUGGGGCUCUGGCAAGGCUCGCACAGUGGCAGAAGGAUUUCACAAAGCGCUUGGCUGAUGUACUCAUUGAGGUGAAAGACUUCCAGAAGAAAGACCGGAUGACUGAAGCUACUACUAAUGUACAGAAGCUUAGCUCCAUCAGCAGGAGAAUACAGGACUUUAUGGAAGAGAAAUCUCUAAUUAAUAAAGAGGAGAUGCUUUUAGAAGUUGAGCAAAUUAGCACAUUUGAACAAAUAGAUGAUAUAUAUAAAUUAAAAGAACCCUAUGAAGAAUUAUGGACAACUGCUGCACAUUUUAGCACUUGCUAUGAGAAAUGGAUGAAUGGGCCUUUUCUACAGGUCAAUGCAGAAAAUGUAGAAGAGGAGGUGCAGAAUUUAUGGAAGACUAGUUACAAACUGACAAAAGCAUUUUAUCACCCGGACUUACACGGACCACUUAAAGUCGCUACAACCAUUAAGACCAAGCUUGAGAAGUUUAAGAUCAACAUGCCCCUUGUAACAGCUUUGUGUACACCAGGGAUCAAGCCAAGACACUGGAACCUAAUGAGCGAAAAGGUUGGAUUUACUAUCACUCCACAUGAAAGUACAACUCUUUUUGAAGUUUUGCAGUUUGGUCUUGAAAAAUAUCUUGAUGAUCUAAAUCAGAUUAGCUCUCAGGCUAGCAAAGAGUAUGCUCUGGAGAAAGCACUCAACACAAUGAAAACAGAUUGGGAGGAUGCAUGCUUCAGCUUUUCAUCCUACAAGGAUGGAGAUAGCUAUGUGCUAGCCGCUGUUGAUGAAAUUCAGGUUUUGCUGGAAGACCACAUUGUGAAAACUACAACCAUGAAAGGCUCUCCAUUUAUUGCACCAUUUGAAAAAGAAAUAUUAGCAUGGGAAGCUAAGUUGCGACACUUUCAGGAUACUUUAGAUUCCUGGCUCCGAGUUCAGAUGGCCUGGUUAUAUCUGGAACCCAUUUUUGGAUCAGAGGAUAUACGUAACCAAAUACCAGUUGAAGGGGAAAAAUUUGAAACUGUUGAUUUCAAUUGGAGGCUAAUAAUGAGGGAGUCUGUGGAGGUGGCCAACGCCAUGAGGGUUAUCUCGCAGCCCCAGAUGCUGGAUAAGUUGAAGGAGGCUGAAUUGGUGUUGGAUGACAUUCAGAAAGGUCUUAAUGAUUAUUUGGAGAAGAAAAGGCUAUUCUUUCCAAGGUUUUUCUUUUUGUCCAAUGAUGAGCUGAUAGAAAUCCUUUCAGAGACAAAAGAUCCACUUAGAGUUCAGCCACACCUUAAGAAAUGCUUUGAAGGCAUCGCAAAACUCACGUUUAAUCCCAAGAAGGAAAUCACUCACAUGGAGUCAACAGAGAAUGAAAAAGUGGAGCUUGUGAUGAGAAUAAUUCCAGAACAUGCCAAGGGGCUAGUUGAGAAAUGGCUUCAUGAGUGAGGUAAAAGUGGAAUUAAAGGGUAAGUAAGGACAAAAAAGCAAGGUAAAUAUUGGACUCCAUAUGUGUGUUCAGUACAUCACAAACUGUAGACCUUUUUGUUAUUAGGCACUUAGUGAUAUUUUCAGUUAGCCUCUUUGCUGCAUGAUUUAAUGUCGGACCAUCAGUUUUCUCCAUUUAUUUGUGUUAUGAUUUCUAUAGCCUGUUUUUAUGUAGAAUGAAAGAGAAAUGAGCAUGUUUAUAGAACUUCAGCCACAAUUAGUAUGGAUGCUGUGGUAUCUGUGUUGUUGUGUCCAUUAUGAAAUGACCAGCUUGACUCUCACAUAAAGAGAAUGCAUGUCGCGUAAUAAAUAUUGAAAGGGAAAGUAUUUCUGUCCUAGGUCUGUGUCAAGAGGGGUCUUAUGUUUUUGUUUCAGAAGUUGUUCCAAAUGUCCCGUUAAGUUCCAUGUGUUUGGGUUGGUGGUUCUGCUGUUAAACCAGGCCGGUUUGAUUAAAACCGUCUAAUACUUGGUUUCCUUCAAGAGCCAUGGCAUACCUUGGUGCAUGUUAGUGUCGUUGUCCUGUCAGUUUAGCUUGUCCUUGGUGUUGUGCAACUUUUAGUGGAGAAAGUUGUUCUAUUGUGAUGUUUGUGUCUUAAAAAAUAACUCCUUUGACAGUUGCAGCGCUGUUAAUUUCCGACGUUACUGUUUCAGUGUGCAUCUUGUCAUUGAAAUAUAGUUUAAAAUGUUCAGUAAUGUAGCAUGAAAUUAUUGGUUAGUUUGGGAAUGGAUGUGAAAUCAUGUGAAGAAAAUAAGUAUUGCAUCCGAUCGAGAUAAAUUCACUGUGGUGUUUUAUGGCUUUUUAUUCCUAUGUGAUAGUAAUAAUGUCUCAUGUAGGGAUGGAAGCCAUGAAAUACAUUGUGAAAAGUCAUCAUCUAGAAUGGGGGCCAUAAGCAUGGAAAAUGCAAUGGCCAUGGAGCUAAUAGGCACAGAGUUCAGCCAACAUAUCAACAUUCUGUGCUCUAACUUAUUUUGUUUACACUAUGAAAGUUUGAGCACAGUCUAUCUACUUAGUCAGAAGUUAGCAGUUACAGUGCAAAUUGUAUUGGUAUAAAACUGUGAUUUUUAUUCAGAAAGAAUGCAUUUAUUUGUUACAGUCAGAGGACUUUGCAAUGGUGUGAGGUUGGUGCUCACUGAUGUUUUCUGCACACGAGAGCAUAGUCAUAGCAGGAUUCCUUCCUAAUUAUUAAUAGUUGCUAGAAAUAUAACAUUAUUUGAUUGGUUGGCUUAAGUUUUGGACACAGCAAAUACAUUAGAAGGUCUUCGUGGCAUGAAGUAUUGUACAUACUACUUUUCAAUAGAAAGUAUAAUAUAGAUUAGAUUUCUAUAUAUUUCCUUUUCUAUAUUAAAAGCAAUAAAGUACUCUUAAUUAAUGUUUAUAUUUUUUGCUUGUAUGAACAAUAUGAAAAUAAAAUAUCUAAAUAUAC